AUGGUCCCCGGGAAGAGCAGCGCCAUGUCCCGCCGAAAGCAAGCCAAGCCUCAGCAUCUCCGGUCCGGGGAGGAGGAGGAGGAGGAGGCAGCGGUGGUGGAGGAGGAAGAGGCAGCGGUGGCGGCUGUGGUGGUCCCCGACCCGUUGCUCUGUGCCCGGGAUGCGGCUGAAGACCCGUGUGAGUCCUGUGCAGCGGACCCUAACACCGAAGACCCGCACAUCUGUCUGAAAGGCUGCGGCGAGUUUUUCACAUGGACUGAACUCAGCGAGCACCAGAAAGUCUGCACCGCGGACGAUUCCUUAGUGAUGAUCGUGAAAGACAGAGAGGACUCCCGACCCGGACCCUCUCCUGCUCCCAGCAUCCUGUCCAGCGGCUCCCCACUGGGAUCUCCGGAAUACGAGGCGGGAGACGGGAACGGCAACGACAGCUCUGAUAAUCUAGAAGAAGCUCGAGACCAGUACGAAAGCAUGGAGCUAGACGCACUGCAGGAUAAAUUCACACAGGAUAACUACACAACCAGCCCCAGCCCUCAAACCUCCGAGUCUGAUUUACCGCUGAAGUCAAUCGCGACUGGUUACAGUUUGCCGAACACUAACGUAACCCUUGAAAUACUUCACAGCACCCGUGUAGCCGUAGCCCAGUUUUCCCAAAGUUUAAACGGUACGGGAGGCAAAGGGGCUCCUGCUGCUGCUAUCCCGGUCAUUCUCGAGCACUUGUUGAACCUGCAACAGCAACAAGUUCAUCAACUCCAACUGAUCGAGCAAAUCUGCAGCCAGGUAGCCUUCAUGAACUGCCAGCCUUCACAAGCAGCGCUCAACCCCGUCUCCAGGGCUCAUCCUCUCGGUCCAAACACAUUUCCCGUCCCUCCAAGUGCAAUCCCGUCCUCCAUCUUGCCUCUAUCAGGGACGAUACCUUCCACCAUCAACGGACAAGCCGCGAGCCCAACCAGCAACAGCGUCAUCUUCCCCAACCCUUUAGCUAGCAUCGCAGCUACAACUAACGCCCUUGACCCGCUAGCCGCACUAAUGAAGCAGCGGAAAGGAAAAGCGCCCAACGUGUCUUUAUUCGAAACUAAACCGAACCCAGAGGAGCCCUUCUUCAAGCACAAGUGCCGUUUCUGUGCCAAAGUGUUCGGUAGCGACAGCGCUCUCCAAAUCCACCUGCGCUCUCACACCGGGGAACGGCCCUUCAAAUGCAACAUCUGUGGAAACCGCUUCUCCACGAAAGGCAACCUGAAAGUACACUUCCAACGCCACAAAGACAAAUACCCCCACGUCCAAAUGAACCCGUAUCCUGUUCCGGAGUACCUUGACAACAUGCCAACCAGCUCGGGAAUUCCCUACGGCAUGGCGUUCCCCCCGGAAAAGCCUGUCUCUUCGUGGAUGGAGAGUAAACCUGUUGUAGCAGCUCUGCCAGCGAGUUUAGGUCUUCCGAUGGCGUCCACAGUCUCUGGUCUGGGCAGCUCGAAUGACCCUGUAAGUGUAACAGCAUCUCUGAAAUCUCCGGCUGCAGAGCCUAGCCGGGAGACCGAAGCACUCAGUUUAUUAAAGGCCGAUGGACCUCAGCCAAUGCAAAACUUUACCUCAAAACCCAACCUCGAAUCUAGUGCGACCUCUACUCCGGAAACCAGCACCUCACCGGUCCCCGCUUCUCCACUCAACCACGGCGAAGACACACAACUCUUCACCAUGCUGGAGUCCGUGCAGCCGUCCGAGACCUCGAAACUGCAGAAGCUGGUGGAAAACAUUGACAAACAAAUCACAGACCCCAAUCAGUGUGUGCUCUGCCAUCGAAGUGGGACUGGAUCUCGAGAGGAUUUGGCUCCAUCGCUCAGGGCAGAACUGUCUCAGAGUUUGACCAACUCUCCAGAGACGGAAACAGAGCAAAAGGAAACUCAAUCCACCAAACUGAGCGUGAAAGAGGAGACGCCGUACUGCAUGUCCUUCCACUUCAGUCCAGCGGUUGGACGGAGCACGCCCAGCCUCGUCUCCACCUCGACACCACUGGCUCUUGUAAAACCGGAGCUGAACGGACCCUCAACCAUCUCCGGUGAGCUCCAUCCUCCUGCCUCUCCCUUCAGUGUCCACGUGCCCCCGGCCUACCCCUCCUCGGGCAGCCCAGGACCCCUCUCCCUCCUGGGGCCAGCUCCUCCACGCCGCACCCCCAAACAGCACAACUGUAACGUCUGUGGAAAGAACUUCUCUUCGGCCAGCGCCCUGCAGAUCCACGAGAGGACGCACACCGGAGAGAAGCCGUUUGUCUGCUCGGUCUGUGGCAGAGCCUUCACCACCAAAGGGAACCUCAAGGUGCACAUGGGCACUCACAUGUGGAACAACGCUCCAGCCCGUAGGGGGCGCCGGCUCUCGGUGGAGAACCCUCUGGCGCUGCUUGGAGGAGACUCACUGAAGUUUGGAGACAUGUUUCAGAAGGACCUGGGCUCUCGACCCGUGGACCCGGGCUUUUGGAGCCGAUACGCCUCAGCCAUCAGCAGCAGCCUGGGCCUGAAGAACAACGAGAUCUCAGUGAUACAGAACCGCAGCCUUCCUCAGAUCCACCCUCUGUCUAUGGAGCGCAGCAGCGCCCCCAUCAGUCUGUCCAAGAGCAUGGAGCUGGGCAACAACCGGCAUUUCUCUAUGAUGAUCGAUGACAGCAAAGAGAUCGGAAUCAACUGA